AUGAUGAUGUCCAAAGUGCUCAAGUGCGACCUGUGUUGUUUCUCCAAAGAUGGAUUAUUCUUACUCUACACAAUUGCAAAUAAAUUAUUUUUAAUCGAAUCUGUGUCGCUUGACUUAAGUCGGAUUUAUGUGAACAGCUACAAAAUUGACUCGAUUGAGUUUUCGGAGGAUCACAUUCAUUUUUUGGCGUUAGCAAAGGAGGAGGGGUGUGUCUGCGUCUACUCGCUGUAUAGUAGUCACAUCGUUAGCAUAAUACAGGAUGCUUUCCAGGGUUACGUUUGUUCCUUUUUCUUGGGGCAGGGGACGAAUAUAUGCAUUCAGAAAUACGAGCGGAAAUGCAUAAGCAUCUACGACGUGAACGACGCGGAGCACUCUCUAGUUACCAUCCAAAAUGUGAAGUCGAAGAAGAAAAAAAAAACGUAUUGUCUGAGCGCAGGACAUGACACCCUUGGCUGCCUAACUGAAUCGAACAAGCAAAAAAAAAUAGCAUUGCUCUGUUUGCAGAGUUAUAAAGUAAAAAACGAAAUAAUUUGUUCUAACUUUAGUCCAAGUGAGAUGUUUUUCUCGACACUGAAUGACAUCAUCGCGUAUAGUAAUAAGUACAAAUCGGUACAUGUCUACAAGUCGACAGGGGACCUACUGUAUGUUUAUAACUAUGGGGCGCACUUAGCAUGUGUAACUCUCGCGUCGAAGAGUAAGGAGAGGAAUGUCUUCUCCCUGGGUAUGGAGGACGGAAUUGUCACCAUUCUACACCAGGACAACUUGAAAGAAAUAAAAAAAAUAGCUUUAAGCGAGAUGGUGAUAAUGAACGAGCAAAUGGUACAGCUGAUGGAACGACUACGCCUGCUGUUCGAUGAAAAAGGAGCUGACUCUGUUCCGAAGGGGAUAACGGAUGUAUUCUCUCCUGUGGGGGUCACCUUUUUAUCUUUCAGUUUGUGUGGGACCUUCAUGUCGGUCAUAAGUGAGAGCCACAACAACGUGGUCCGGAUUUACACAGCGGAGAAUUACACUUGCAUAGCCAUACUGCAACAGAAAAAAAAAAUAACCUCCUUACGGUGGGAUAAUGUUUUAUACAAGGCAAGGGUUCAUGUGCAAGGAGGCGGAGUGGAACUGCCACGGAACGGCCCUACUGGCAAAGAGUGA